AUGAGGUUGAGAAACAGCAGUUCUGAAAACAUGAAUCGAAGGCACACAACCCUUCGGGAGAAGGGCCGGAGGCAGGCUAUCCGGGGCCCGGCCUACAUGUUCAAUGAGAAGGGCACCAGCCUGACCACUGAGGAAGAGCGCUUUUUGGAUUCUGCGGAAUAUGGCAAUAUCCCAGUUGUGCGGAAAAUGCUGGAGGAAUCCAAAACUUUGAACUUUAAUUGUGUUGAUUACAUGGGACAAAAUGCCCUGCAGUUAGCAGUGGGGAACGAGCAUUUGGAGGUAACUGAACUCCUUCUGAAAAAGGAGAAUCUGGCACGCGUUGGGGAUGCGCUGUUGUUAGCCAUCAGUAAGGGAUAUGUCCGCAUUGUGGAAGCAAUAUUGAACCACCCGGCCUUUGCACAAGGGCAGCGCCUGACACUUAGUCCUCUCGAACAGGAACUACGUGAUGACGAUUUUUAUGCUUACGAUGAAGACGGAACUCGAUUUUCCCAUGACAUCACCCCCAUAAUACUCGCUGCCCACUGCCAGGAGUAUGAAAUUGUUCACAUUUUGCUCCUGAAGGGCGCACGGAUAGAAAGGCCCCAUGAUUACUUCUGCAAGUGCAACGAAUGUAUGGAAAAACAGAGGAAAGAUUCCUUUAGUCACUCUCGAUCAAGAAUGAAUGCCUACAAAGGAUUAGCAAGUGCUGCUUAUUUAUCUCUUUCCAGUGAAGACCCUGUUCUAACGGCUUUAGAGCUAAGCAAUGAAUUAGCAAGACUAGCCAACAUUGAAACAGAAUUUAAGCAGCCUUUUUCAACUCUUAAAUUGCCAAUCUGUACCUGUUUAUCUGGGAUUGGCUUUGAAAGUGCUGAAUACUAG